AUGACAAAAAAAAUGGGAUUAUUGUUGUCAAGGAUGGCCAUAAAAUUUUGUCCAAUUUUGGCAUUAAUUUUUAGCAUCAUUGUUAAUUUUAUAACUCUAUACAUAAAUCAGUGUAUAUCUUUGAUUUUUUUAUUUACAUCAAUUCAAGUUUAUCUUAAUUGGUACUCAAUUUAUAAAUCAUCAUUAAAUACAACGACAAUAAGAGAUCCUGUGAAGCCAUCUGAAAUGAUUACAAUAAACAUGAUGACUUGUUAUGACAAAGAUGAUGAUAAUGAUGAUGAUGAUCAUCAAGAAUCAUCAAGAAUUAAAUGUUGGUACUGUGAUAAAUGUUGUGUUUAUACAUAUAAACCAACUCAACAUUGUAAUGCCUGUAAAAAAUGUUAUCAUUAUCGUAAUCAUCAUUGUUUUUUCAUUGGAACUUGUAUUUUACAAAUCAACAUGGGAAAUUUUAUUCUCAUUUGUUUUUACACAUCAAUGGCAUGUUUUUAUUCACUUAUUAUCAUUGGACCAUUUAUUUAUAAUAAUUAUUUAAAUGAAAUUAAUGAUAAUUAUUUAAUGAUAUUUUUAAAUUUUUGUUUUCCAAUGGCAUUUGCUAAAUUUUUAAUCAUCAAUCAUGAUAUUAAUAAUUUUCUUUUAAUAACAUAUUUUAAUAUUUUAUUUACUAUUUUUUUUCUUUGUUUUUUUUAUGGUAUUUAUAAAUUUAUUUGUUGUUUAACAGGUAAACAAUUUUAUUAUCCAUAUAAAAAACAACGAUAUGAUAUUUAUGCUAUUUUUGGUAAUUAUGGAUUGUUGAAUUUUUUAUUUCCAUUUAAUGGUUUAUUGGAAUCUAGGUGCAUUGAUGGAAAAUAUACUUUAAAAAAUAUUUAA